CACACUCAUCCCCAACCCACACGUAAACAAUCCACUUUCCUAUUCUCCAUCUCUCUCUCCCUCUCUCUCUCUCUCUCUCUCUCAACACAGACACCACUCACCUCAACAACACACUACAAAAUCAAACACACCCAAGGACCCAAGGACGACAGCACGGAGCCUCUCCUCCAAAUGUAAAAUGUAAUAACUCCUCUUCCCUCUGAACCUUAAAAUUUUCUGUUGGUUCAACCAUUAUUACUGCAAACAAACACGCCACUGCCAUGGCCAAUAACAACAACAACAGCAACAACCCACAUGAGGGCUUGGCUGAUGACUUCUUCGAGCAAAUCUUGGCCGUCCCUUCUUACUCUGACCCUGCCUUUGGAGCCCACGAUGGGAAUUUGGCCUUGGCCUCAGGUGGUGGUGGAGGAGGUGGUGGUGGUGGUGGUGGUGGUGGAGGUGGUGCUGGUUCUGGGUAUAUGAGUAUGGGUAUGGGUAUGCCUUUGGGGUUGAAUUUGGAACAUGGGUUUUUGAAAGCCAGGGAUCAAAGUGGUGCUACCAAUGCUGCUGCUGCUGCUGCUUCUUCUUCAUGUGGAAUCACUGAGAGAGAAUCGGUGCAUCUGACAAACUUGUUUCCAGCUUUUGGACAGUUGCAGCCACAGUCACUCCGCCCUUCACCACCAGCCCCUGCUCCUCCUCCCCCACACCUUCCUCAGCCUUUUCAUGGCCAACCAACUUCUAGUGCAGUUGCUGCUCAACCACAUCCUCCUGCCAUCCGCCCUAGGGUGCGAGCAAGACGAGGGCAAGCCACAGAUCCCCACAGUAUUGCUGAGAGGUUACGUAGAGAAAGGAUAGCAGAGAGAAUGAAGGCUUUGCAGGAAUUGGUUCCUAGUGCCAACAAGACUGAUAGAGCUGCUAUGCUUGAUGAAAUUGUGGAUUAUGUGAAGUUUUUACGGCUUCAAGUCAAGGUUUUGAGCAUGAGCAGACUUGGUGGAGCAGGUGCAGUAGCCCAGCUGGUAGCUGAUGUUCCCUUGUUAUCAAUUGAGGGAGAUGGCACUGAGGGUGGAAGCAAUCAGCAAGCUUGGGAGAAGUGGUCAACAGAUGGAACAGAACAACAAGUAGCUAAGCUGAUGGAAGAAGAUGUGGGAGCUGCCAUGCAGUUCCUUCAGUCCAAGGCACUUUGCAUCAUGCCUAUCUCACUGGCCUCGGCAAUCUUCCGGACACACCAACCUGAACCAUCAACACUAGUCAAGCCUGAAUCCGAUGCCCCCUCAUAGAUCAGAACAAAGAGUAUGUGAUUACAUAUGCAUAUGCUCAUCGACAUACAACCCUAUUAUGGUGCUCCUCUUGGUCCCCCAUCCUGGGAAUAUCUUACUCCAAAUCUAGUUUCUAACUCCUUAUUGGAAGAACAAUCAUGGAAGAUGCGAUGGUGACACUGUUCUAUUCUUUUUUUCCAGUUUUGUCAAAGGAGGAGUGAUUAUGAUGAUGCCUAGGAAAGAAAACUACAGGCACUUGAUUUUUUUUUUUUUGGUUUUUGCCAUGGUCAAUUCUAAGGGAAUUAGUUUGUCAAAAGCUAAAUUGAUGUGUUCUUCUCCUAAUAUCAGUGGUGGGGUUAGUGGUGGAUGACCAAAACAUUGAUGGGUGCACACUUUCUCUCUCUUUUUGGGAUAGUGGGUUGUGGGGCAAUUUAAAAGGGUUGGAUGGGUAUGUGUAUGAUGUAUUUGAAGAAAUUUUAAUGCAAGAUGAAAUGGAUAUUGGUUGCUUGUCUUGAAAAGCUA